CACAGUUUGUCACAAUGUGUUUUAGAAAUAUGCAGCAAGAAGAAAAAAAAAGAAUCAUAUGGAAACAAAUGACUCAUUCACACUGAUAAACUAACAGCGACAUUCAUGGACACAUUUGCUAAGAUCUCUUCAAGAGAGUAACAAGUGUCUCCUCAGCUGCUUCCCUGCCAAUCUCCUAGAGCGCCAUGGAGCCCAUCUACCUUAUCCCACUGCUACUGCUAUUCACUGUGGGACGUGGGGAGAGAGUGCAGGAGAUUCUGGCUGAUGAAGGAGGUUCUGUUCCCCUUGGAGGAAGGCCUGACUUUGAUAGAGAAUCGAUGAUGGCCGAUCUGUACAAUGGGGAUCAAUGGCUGGCUUCAUACCAUGAUGGACUUGAUCCUGCCGAUCAGUAUAAGGGACGUAUAUUUUUCCGUACUGGGAAUGGCAGCUUCUUGCUGAGAGACCUAACAGGAGGCGACAGCAGCAAUUACACUUACUCUGUGCAUCAAGCCAUAAAUGGGAACAGAAACAAGAGCCAGAUCUGCAUUCAUCUGAUUGUCAGGGAACAAAACCCAGUGACUGUGAAGCCAAGAGGGCCCUCUCUCGGCCAUGGGGAACCAAACAUUCUCCCUUCAUAUUCUGUCAGGGAUGUUAUGUGGCUGCUGUCUGUCUGUCUCUCCUGCCUGUCACUUGUACACCCCUUCCUGUGCCUCAGCUGUGCCCUCUGGAGAUGCUGCCAAGGGGGUAAAGCAAGAUUUCUUUUAGGAAAUUCGUUCUCAAGCAUCGCCACAACUGAAACCGCUUUGGAUAUACCACCCUCUUCUGAGUCUUCUCCAUCUACCAACCAAGGCACAGGCGGAGGGGCCCCGUUAUGUCGCACUCUGUAUAUGAAGAUCAGCAGCUGGGUGUCUCUGGCCUGUGUAUGUCUCAGCCUAUUAUUCUACUUCCUCUAUGAUAACGGCAAUCUCAGGGCGAAUGUUUGGGUUCUUCUGGGAGUUGCCGCAAUCCUCAUUGGGAUAAACAUCGCCCCGCUCUUUAAAUGCUGCGGAAUUCCCUGUGGAUGGGAAGUUUCUCCAUUUCCCUACGGUAACUUGUGCCACAGCAGCAGGGAGGGGUCCUGUAUCGUCCGGCUCCUUGGGUACCUCAGCGUGGCGCUAGUCGGCGUAUUUACCCUCUGCCUUUGCUUUGCUGGAUGAAGAAGAAGAAACAGAAAUGACAACUGGAAUCUGAUUCAUUAUUUCCUGCCUUUAAAAGAAACUUCUGACUCAGCCAAUUCUUUGCGUCCCUCUAGGAAAGCAAAAUGUCCCCACAUAUUUAUACUGUGAAUAUCAUAGACACACAUUUCUGUAGGGCCAAGCCAUCACCUUGUAUUCUUCCAGCCAAUCACAGGCAGCAAAGCGAGAGUCAGCUGACCACUAGUUUCAGGGUAUAUCCAUAUUGCUACUGACAGAUUCUACUCUGCCUUGUGAUUGGCUACAGGUAUAAUUCAGAGUAAUAGAUCCUCACUAGCUGCUAUUUUUUAUCUGAAUCUCAGGUAUUUAGGGGGUUUAGGUAAGAUUGGGGGGAAUGGCUUGGAAGGAAGGAAAAAUGCUCCUUAGGAUCAUUAAUCCCAUGCUGAUCAGAAACAACCUGAUGGGUAUUAAAGGGAAAGUAACCCAAUGAUAGGUUAUUGUGCAUGGAGAUUUUCUGGGAGGGAUUACAAGGCAAUUCACAUAUAUGUAUUAUCUGAAUCUAUGGUACUUACCCUGUUAUGGAGCUACAGUUCUCUGUACUUCCUGCUCCUGGACUGCUCUCCUUCCCAUGGUCAACCCAAGAGCAGACUGUUAUAGAGAAUCAGAGUGUUUUCUUAGGGUAAAUACUGAGGAAAACCUAUCCAGCUACCUAGGGAGCGUUCCUAAAAGGCUUAAUGGAACUAUGACCAGGCUUUAUUUUAUGUGGACUUACUAUUUCCGUUUCCCCUUUCUAUCCACUGCCUUACUCUCAAAUAGUUUAUUAAGUUAUUUAAGUUAUUUAAGUUAUAUACUUAAAGUCAAACUUUCCCUUUAAAUAUAAAUGGGGUGUUACCAUUAUUAUUAUUAUGGGGGAGAUAGCUAAUAUUAAAGACACGAUGCAACAGGUUCAGUACCCGGGGAUCUUUGUUGACUUCAAUUAUGUUCCAUUUCAUUUUGUGAACCCCUUUCGAAGUGGGUGAAGAUGAAAUGGUUUUGCACCGGGGUAAAUAGGUAUUGGGUCAUUUGUACUAUUUAUAAUUUUUUAUAUGGUCUUUAUAUUAGUUGUUUUGUAUAUUAUAUCUCCUGACUGAUAGUAGUUACCCUUAUUCAGGCAGUUUGUCAACAUUUCAGACACCUAAGUGUGGUCCUAAGUUACGGAUGGAAAGCUGUUUCCUUAUCCCAUGUAAAGCAUUCUCCUUGCAGUUCAGUAAGUAGCCAGUAGAUGUCACUGUUCUGCUCUAUAAAAGGGGAAGCCUACAUGAGCUCUGCCUCUUUCCUGGGGUUUCCCCUUCCUGGAAGGUGGGUGCAGGUUAGGGCCUGGGCAGAGGCAAUAGGUGGAGCUAGUGUUAGGGUAGUUCUGUAACGGCUCACUCCAGGGGGCACAUUUACUUAAGGGUUAAGUGAAAAAGCUAAGAGAGUUUUUGCAUCUUUUCCCCAGACGAAUUUUCACCCAAGCGAAGAAGCCAGGGUUGGACUGGGGGGUGCAGGGCCCACCGGGGCUGCCACCCCAGGGGCCCC